UCGAGUACUUGAUCCUGCCGUUUUAGGAAAGAAGAAGAAAUGCUGCACUCGUACACACAGAAGCGAGUACUGUACACAUGUGAGUUGCUCAGUCACAACUUGUCAACAAAUGUGAAAGACUGGGGUCUGCUAUUUGGACAGAAGGGACAAAAUGGUGAUUCUGCAUGUGAAACGCGGAGAUGAGAGUCAGUUUCUCUUGGCCGCCAGUGUGGACGCCCCCGUGGACGUUCUGCUACAGGAAAUCACGGCCAUUUAUAACGGAAGACUCAAAGUGGGCCGCAUAUGUUCAGAGCUGACCGAGCUGGCCGAGCAUGGCAUCACACUCCCUCCAAACAUGCAAGGCCUGACGGACGAGCAGAUCGUGGAGCUGAAGCUGAAAGACGAGUGGGAGGAGAAGUGCGUGCCCAGCGGCGGCGCCGUCUUCAAGAAGGAUGACAUCGGCAGGCGGAACGGACAUGCUCCAAAUGACAAAAUGAAAGAAGUGUUACUUAAAACGGUGGACGAGGUCAAAGCGCUCAUCUCCAAAAAACAAGCGGAAGCCAAUGUUUGCGUCACCAUGGCGAUGGUGAAAGAAGGCCUGGACCAGCUCAGGGGGGCCACCAUGAUUGUGUACCCUAUGGGGCUGCCCCCUCAUGACCCCAUACGGAUGGAGUUUGAAGACCGCGAGGACCUCUCAGGGACGCAGGCGUCACUCCAGGUGCUGGAGGAGGAGGAGUGCCAGCUAUGGUGGGCUGCCAAAGAGAUACAAAGAGGCAAGAAGCUGCAGGACUACAUUGGCAAGAAUGACAAGACCAAGCUUGUGGUGAAAAUCCAAAAGAAAGGACAGGGGGCGCCAGCGAGGGAGCCUCUGGUGAGCGAUGAGCAACAUAAGCAGAUGAUGCUGCAUUACUACAGGAGGCAGGAGGAGCUCAAGAAAUUAGAAGAAGCCGACGACGACACAUACCUGGACUCGGAGUGGUCUGACAGACAGGCCCUGAAAAGACAGUUUCAAGGCCUCACCAACAUUAAAUGGGGGCCCAGAUAAUCCUUUUACACCGGGAAAGAUGUCACACACUGGAAAAUCUAACGUUUGAACUGAAGUGUGAUGAUGUCACACAUUUAAUAAAGCGGAUUUCACGCAAACAUGUGGACCCUGCAUUGAAAAUAAACAUUCCAGUCAAAGAAGGAGUUGCCAUUGAGUGCAGCAGCAAGGAUGCUACACCUUUCCUCUCUUUGUCUCGCAUCUCCGAGUGUGGGCGCAGGAAGUUCCCACUCGGAAACCUGAUGCCUCACUGGUGAGAGUGAUACAAUAGUCAACGUUUAAGGUAGAGUCUGUUCUCGGCCAAUGGAGUCUUCAUCAGUGUUAGUUAGCAGGGCAACCAACCACAACAUUUUGGUGCAGAUCAAGAUAAAGGCAACAUUUUCCUUCAUUUGAGUGAAUAAUGUUUUCCAUUCAUUUAUGCGAAAUCUCCCCUGUUAAAAGGGACAGUAAUCAUUUUUUACCACUAGAGGGCGAACAGCAAAAUACACAUGCAUGUUUUUGCAGCCUCAAACCCAAUUCCACCUUAUAUUAUUAGCUUCAUCUGGCACUAUAUGUAAAUAAAUAAAAUGGCUACGUAUACAAAAUGAAUAAAAACAGUUACAUUCAAAGAUUGAAGAGAGUAAGCCUUCCGUAGGUGGGUAAAAUCUUUGAUGACACCGCUUCUUUAUAAACAGGAGCCUCCGUUUAAGUAAGCGUUCAUCCAGAUUUCCUGCACAAUCAUCUCUCUGCGCUCAAUCCUCUCCGCCCUCUCCGCCGCCUCGCUCACAUACAUCACAUCCUCCCAGUCGUAGUAGACGGCCUUCCUCUCCGCUAAAGAGCUUCUCUCUGUAUUAUCAUCAUCAUUAUCAUCCUCCUCAUCUCCAUCUUCAUCCUCAUACACCUCGAGCCUGUGGCGCCCCAUGCAGGUCACUCGGACUGAUACGGCGAGUAGCGUGACCACGAGGCCCACGCAGACGCUGGACGUGAAAAGCAGUGCCGCCAUGUCGCGAUGCUCUGGAUUGGCAAGUAAAUAAAAGGAUGCCGGUGUGUUGACGCAAUGGCGAUAUUCUUUACACUGACCUUUAAUGAAGGUGUAAGUGACGAGGGAGGUGCUCAUCAUCGCUCCUGAGCUGUCCUUGUCUCUGGAAGGCGGUACGUCCACAUCCACAGGAAGACCUGCGGAAAAAGGAAGCGUUAAAAGGUGAUGGUGGAGUACAGUAAUCCCUCGUUUAUGGCGGUUAAUUGCUUCCAAAAAUUCCACCCAUUAGGAUUCCUUCCUUGUGAAUGGAAACUUUUUGAAACCUGCUCAUGACCUUCUAAACAAGGUUUUUAUUAAUAUAAGUAGAGCUCUCUGGACAUGAAAUAACACCCCUAUAGUCACCGUUAAACUUCAACAAAUGAAUUUUUGACUCUGUGUCUGUGACCCACCCAAAAUGGGAACCGCGGGUCCUGACCCACUAGAAAACCACUGAUCUAGAGGACCUGAAAGGCUGGCAGUCAGUAAGUGAUGUUGGGGGGGAUUAGAGUAGCUUGUGUUUUUAUUGUGGCUGUUGCCCGACAAUUCAAACCUGCAAUAAAAUCCUGUUGUUAAGGUGAUCG